CCAAAUGUGGUUACAUGGAAAUUAAAUUAGGAGCACAUGAAAAUGCAUUAUUAAACUGCUUCAUAUCAUUUUCUUCUCUGAUUGUUUGGAGAAAUUCCUUCUUGGUUUAAGAACUUAUUACCCACAAUGGGUCAUGAGUGUGACUUUGUCAUUUUAAUUCUGAAAUUCUGGCAAUUUGUCCCAACUCCUGGAAACUCUGCCUCCCCAACCACUAAACUACAGAAAAUAAACCCAAAGGGGCGAUUUAUGCUGGUACAAUGGUAGAAUGUCUGUUUUUGUUGUUGUUGUUUAAAGGCUGUUUAAGUUUAUGGAAACAGUGUCUUUAUUGAUUUUUCUCAGACCUGGGACAUUUAUGUGCUGGGAUGGGGCUGUUGGGUUGGAACAGGGACUUGUCCCAGUCUACACAUUUGCCACAUUCAGGGGAUCACUGCCCUGUUUUGCAGAUGACUUUGGAAAAUUGCUCCUGGCCGAGGCCCUCCUGGAGCAGUGUUUGAAAGAGAACAGUGCCCAGAUAAAAGACUCCAUCCCUUUGCUGGAGAAGAAUGAGCCGAAGAUGAAUGAAGCCAGAAACUAUCUGAGUAGUAUCCUCAACCAUGGGAAGCUGUCACCACAGUACAUGUGCGAGGCCAUGCUGAUCCUGGGCAAGCUGCAUUACGUGGAGGGCUCCUACCGGGAUGCCAUCAGCAUGUAUGCGCGGGCCGGGAUCGAUGACAUGUCUGUGGAGAACAAGCCCCUUUAUCAGAUGCGGCUGCUGGCAGAGGCCCUUGUCAUCAAAGGCCUCUCCCUGGAACGCCUUCCCAACUCCAUCGCUUCCCGCCACCGCCUGACUGAGAGGGAGGAGGAAGUGAUCACCUGCUUCGAGAGGGCCUCCUGGAUCGCUCAGGUCUUCCUGCAGGAACUGGAGAAGAUCACUAAUAACACCACAUCGCGGCACCUGAAAGGCUCCCACCCCGUUGACUAUGAGCUCACCUACUUCCUGGAAGCUGCCCUCCAGAGCGCUUACGUGACAAACCUGAAGAAGGGGAAUGUCGUGAAAGGCAUGAGAGAGCUCCGGGAGGUCCUACGAACUGUGGAGACCAAAGCAACCCAGAACUUCAAAGUGAUGGCGGCCAAGCACCUGGCUGGGGUCCUGCUGCACUCCCUGAGUGAGGAGUGCUACUGGAGCCCCCUGUCCCAGCCUCUACCCGAGUUCAUGAGUAAAGAGGAGAAUUCCUUCAUCAUGCAAGCCCUGCGGAAACCUCACCUCUAUGAAGGAGACAACCUCUAUUGCCCAAAGGACAACAUUGAGGAAGCCCUCCUGCUGCUUCUCAUCAGCGAGUCCAUGGCUACUCGGGAUGUGGUGUUGAGCCGGACGCCGGAGCAGGAGGAGGACCGGGCGGUGAGCCUGCGGAAUGCAGCAGCCAUUUACGACCUCCUGAGCAUCACGCUGGGCAGGCGGGGCCAGUACGUCAUGCUCUCUGAGUGCCUGGAACGAGCCAUGAAGUUUGCAUGUGGAGAAUUUCACCUUUGGUACCAAGUGGCCCUCUCCAUGGUGGCUUGUGGAAAGUCGGCCUACGCCGUGUCUCUGCUACGGGAGUGUGUGAAGCUGCGGCCCUCGGACCCCACUGUGCCUCUGAUGGCCGCCAAGGUCUGCAUUGGGUCCCUGCACUGGCUGGAGGAGGCAGAGUGCUUUGCCAUGAUGGUGGUCAACCUCGGGGAGGAAGCUGGGGAGUUCCUCUCCAAGGGCUACCUGGCGCUGGGUCUCACCUACAGCCUGCAGGCCACUGACGCGACUCUGAAAUGCAAGCAGGAUGAGUUGCACCGGAAAGCACUGCACACCCUGGAGAGAGCCCAGCAGCUGGCGCCUGGCGACCCCCAGGUCAUCCUCUAUGUUUCCCUGCAGCUGGCCCUCGUCCGACAGAUCUCCAGUGCCAUGGAGCAGCUGCAGGAGGCCCUGAAAUUGUGCAGGGACGAUGCCAAUGCCCUCCACCUACUGGCUCUCCUCUUCUCUGCCCAGAAGCACUACCAACUUGCGCUGGAUGUCAUCAACAUGGCCAUCACAGAGUACCCUGAGAACUUCAACCUGCUGUUCACCAAGGUGAAGCUGGAGCAGGUACUGAAGGGCCCAGAGGAAGCCCUCGUGACCUGCAGACAAAUGCUGCGACUGUGGCAGACCCUGUACAACUUCUCUCAGCUGGGGGACUCUGGGAGCCCAGAAGACUUUCACAGUCCCCAGAGGCCUUUCUCUAAUGGUGAAAUUUACAUAGGAGGAGGCCUGGAAAAGGAUGGCAGCCUCGGUGAGGGCCUCACGCUGAAGAAGCAGAGUGGCAUGCACCUGACUCUGCCCGAUGCCCACGAUGCAGAUUCCGGCUCUCGGCGGGCAUCGUCCAUUGCAGCCUCCCGGCUAGAGGAGGCCAUGUCAGAGCUGACCAUGCCCAGCUCUGUUUUGAAGCAGGGCCCCAUGCAGCUGUGGACCACUCUGGAACAGAUCUGGCUCCAAGCUGCUGAGCUGUUCAUGGAGCAGCAGCACCUCAAGGAAGCAGGUUUCUGCAUCCAGGAGGCAGCAGGCCUCUUCCCCACCUCACACUCGGUACUCUACAUGCGGGGCCGGCUGGCCGAGAUGAAGGGCAGCUUGGAGGAGGCCAAGCAGCUGUACAAAGAGGCGCUCACGGUGAACCCCGAUGGCGUGCGCAUCAUGCAUAGUCUGGGUCUGAUGCUGAGUCGGCUGGGCCACAAGUGCCUGGCCCAGAAGGUGCUGCGGGACGCCGUGGAGAGGCAGAGCACCUGCCACGAGGCAUGGCAGGGCCUGGGUGAGGUGCUGCAGGCCCAGGGCCAGAGUGAGGCCGCCAUCGACUGCUUCCUCACCGCCCUGGAGCUGGAGGCCAGCAGCCCAGUGCUGCCCUUCUCCAUUAUCCCCAGAGAGCUCUGACACCACCCUGCAGCAGCGGGGGGGAGGAGGCUGCCCGCUGUGGGGGCAGGCGGGCCAGGGGAGCACGGGUUCGGGGAGGUAUAGGACCUCAGGGAAAUACAUCUCUAGGGAACACUUCUGCAAGCUGCAGCCCUAGUUCUCCUCGCCUCCCCACCCCACCCCUGCAUUCCCUCCAGGGGCAGCUGGGUCUGGGAGCUGCUCAUCUGGAGCCAGGUGGACCAGAUUUGCAUCAAAAGCAAAUUCCUUGCUCCUUGGGACUCAGACAUUAUGGCAUUUAUGAGCAAGGAAGUAGCUGGGAGGCCACAUCAGCAUGGGGGCCCCUCCCCAGAGUAUCUGUUCAUCUAAAUGUGUAGUAAGAUCUGUGUGGCUUGGUUACCUCCCCAUCUAAAAAGCCCUGUCCUAUACCUGCCACCCUCCCUCACCAUCCCUGACCCUUGAUUUCUGGCUUUGCACAAGCUUUAGUCUGGAACUUCAGCUCUUUGCUCUCCAGCACCAAAGAUGAACCCUGCAAGCUGCCCCCUGGCUGGGCCAAAAGGGUUUUUCUGGAUUCCUUCCUUGGCGCCUUGGAGACAGUCGGUUUGAACCCUAAGUGACUGAGAGUUGUGGUGAUGGGACUUGCUCCUUGUGAACCUCACAGCUGUACUCCACCCCACCCAUGCCUCUGUGCCUUGGGGAGCCCGCGGCCCUGGUCUCAUGCCCCAGCCUCAGGACAGGGUUCUGGAUCACUCUCAGGUCUUGCCCUAACUUUCCAUUUCCGCCCACCUCUUUUUCUGGAGACACCCCAGCUUUAGCAGGCCAUAGCCCCAGGAUGGGCCUCAGGAUAUAAAUGUGGCUGCUGGAUGCAGCCCUUUCUGAUUGCUUACAUCAACACAUUCCUUCAAGCCUUACCUUUCUGGGCAGUGGGUACAUUGCAGAUCGCUCUGUAGAUGGGGAGUCUCUAGGACUGUCCCCAAUUCAUCUCACCACCCACAACACAUUUCACCUCAGGCUUUCUUGGGUAACCCAAGCGCCACCCUGGCCAUUUGGUUCUCCCUGCCUGGCACCAAAUGACUGGUUGGAGACCUGAGGAGUCGGGGCCUGGCACCUCCUAACUGGUUGAGCAGGCCUCUGUAUACUUGACACCUUUGUCUGCAGGGACCCUGUGUGCAGGUGGGUGGGUGUCUUCCUGCUGCUCCCCUACCUGCGGCAUGAUGCUCCUGGAAUUCUCCGCAAGAAGUCAGCCCCUCCACAGGCCUGUCGGGAAUUCCUUUUUUAUCUGCACUUUGGGUUUUAGUUUUAAAGCUCCAGGUACACCUCUCAUUUUAAGAUGUGUGGAAAAGUCGGGUGAGGACUGCCCUGGUUUGUUGUAGCCCUGUCUCUCUGUGGGAGACCCACCCUCCUUGCCGCACUGGCUCAGCACUGCACCCCCAGGUGCUUCCCAGGGAGAGCCUGCGCCUUCUGGCCUCCGCCCGGUGAGCAACACUGCGGAGAACAGCAGACCCUUCGCCUCUUGGUUGAAGGAUCUCUAUAUAUUUGUGUGUGUAUAAAUAUAUAUAUAUAUAUAUGAUAGAGCUCUAUUUUUAUUCUGGAAUUCUGUUAAGAAAGAAAGUAAACAUGACAAAGGAAAUGCCAUUGAUUUGCCUUGGGGGGCCGCAAGAUGUUGGUAGUCAGUUCUGGGUAAUACGAAAGGGACCGAGUGCAUUUUGAUUGUAUGCCCUCAGAGGCCAUCUCAGUGGGCUGGGCCAAGUUGCUGACAGUUCGAAGAUUAUUCUGAAUAAAGAGACCCCUGAAGGGGAAGCAGGCUUGUCUGAA